AUGGCCGGCAAUCUCAUAUGCAUGCCACGGGGUCUGAUUGACGAAGCUGGCCUUGCGAACUGUCCCACAACCUACUCUCUGCUUGCCUCAAUUGGUAUUUUCAAUGCUGAGGUGGCCCUGCUCUCCUUGAUCACAGGCCACGAGCGAGUUCGUCGGGUCAUUGCCCGCUUCAACUGCUUCUCCAGCACUCGCUGGACGCCCUUUGCGGGUAUCGUCACAUCCCUUAUCUCGAUAGCCGCCAUGUUCGCUGCCACUUACCUUCUCCGAAACAACGGCUUCCGUCCAAACGCUUUUAUGCUCUUUGGCUUUUGGACCAUGCGACCUCGAGCCAGCGUCUUCACGCUCCUGUUCUUCAUCAUCGCUCGCGUCUGUUUCGGCCAAAAGGGCGACGAGAAUACCUAUCUGUGGUCACUCAAGGAUCACACGGUCGAAGACACUCUGCUCAAUAUCUUCAGUCUGCCUUUCGCCCUCUGGUAUAUCCUGCACCGGCCCGACGCCUAUGAUGCGGGCGACUGUUCGGAAGACGACUCGUACCUGCGCUUCUGGAACUCUUUCUACGCCAUCGCCGGUGCCGGCGGCAUCAGUGUUUUCCUCAUGGUGGUCAUGUUGGGCCACGCCUGUGCAAGGGACAAGAGGAAGGACCACGACGACAUCGUGUACAAUGUGGUUGGAUCCAAUAAACGCGAGUCAUCGCUUUCCAAGUUCUGGAGAUUCGUCUUUUCGGUUGCCGGGAUCAACAUGAUCGCGGUGUUUGUGACGAGUUGGGUCAUUUGGAGCACGUUCAUCCUCAAUACCGGCACCGCCUUCUGUCCUGGAAGCGUCGUUGGGGAAGGUGUUGCGUGGGGUGUCGCCCUCUUUGCCAACGCGCUGGUCCGACCCAUCAUCGGCGGGCCUAGUUCUGCGUGA